CAGCGAAUUCUGUUAUAGUGCUCCGAACAAAAGGAUGUCUAAAUUGAAAAUAUUAAAUUUAAUAAGUUUUGUAUUGUUGAUGGCAUAUUUGCCCAGCAUACAAAGUGAUUGCGUUAUACAAUAUCCCACGGAUGAAGAUACUUUACCGAAAUAUGAAAAAGUUAUUGGAAAAUUUAAAAUACGUGUACCCUACAAUGGAAAUCCUAUAAAAUUAUAUGAUGGUGAAACAAUACAUGUACAUUGUGAUACAUUUUUAAAUUCCAUCAACUAUCAGACGAAAGAAAGAUCUUCUACAUAUGAUUAUCAUUAUGGCUAUAGGGAAGUUGUCGUUGAUAAAUCAAUUUUAAAUAAGAAUUCAAUUACUUUAAAAUGUCGUAAUAACAAGUUAGUUUAUGAUAAUAUAGAACUUUCUCAGAAUAAAUUUUCAUGCAUGCAUCGCAACUGGACUAUCUAUUCCACAAAGCAGCCAUACACUUGGUGUCAAAAUAAUCAAAAUUCCAGUACAUUUUUAUUGGCGACCAAACCAUCUACGGAUAAUUUUGUAUUGGCUGCAAUUUGUUAUAAUAUGGAACAAAUCGCUUUGCAAACUGUAGUUUAUAAUGUUUCAAAUUUACGACGGAAUUAUUUGAAUCAGCCAAUGGACGUGCGCACCACCAAUAUGAUUCCCAGUGAGUAUUUAGAUGAAAAUCUUUGGAAUUUAAAAUUUACCACUCUCUCAGAUUUAAGUGGCACUUUAUUAAAGGAAAAAUUAACUAAUUUGGCUAAAACUGAUAGAUGGCUGAGUUUAGCAAACUACGAAGUAUCUUCAAUUGUACAGGAUGAAAUGUUAAAAAAAUAUUUCAAAGAAUAUGAUAACUUAUUAAAUAUUAUUUGGUGGCGUAACCUGCGUUUGGGUAAUUGGCAACGUUUUUUAAAUACUUUGAAAAACUAUGCUUAUUCUAAUAGUUUUGAAAUAUAUACCGGUACAUCGGGCGUAGCAGAAUAUCCAGCCGAUGACAAGUGCCAUAAAGAAAGACGAUUGGAAAUGAAAUUUGGUUUUAAAAAUGAGACCAUACCUGCCUAUAUAUGGACUUAUUUGAAAUCGUAUGAUAAUUUGAAUCAAGAAUUUAUUAUUGUUGGUUAUAACUCACCCUAUGCUGAGUAUUUCACCACUGAGAAUGUAAUAUUUUGCCCCGAUAUUUGUGCAGAGAUUCCUUGGUUAAAUGAAAUUUAUACCUCCUUUCGUUAUGCAUAUGCGGGCAUUAUGUUUUGCUGUUCAACAGAUUUCAUAAGACAGACCAAUUACUUGCAGGGAUUUCCCAUGGACAUUUUGUUGUCUUCACAUUUGGAAACUACAACUACAGAAGUGGAAACUACAACAAUAGAUUGGGAUAUCACUACUUAUUAUUAAAUAUUUUUUUAUAUGUUUAUUUAUUUGAAUUAAACAAUAAAUAUUAAUCUAUAUCUUUAUA